UGAUUACCUUUCUUGCCUGCCAGAUUUUUAUCUAGAUAAUUGAAUCUGCUAUGGAGGCUGUGCCUUGCCAGCCAGCUUAGACUCUGGAAAGCUAGAGUCUGUCCAGCCUCUUAUCUGUGGCUGCCUGGACAGAGGAAAUUAAAGAGCCCCAAGCCAGGGGUGCGCUCAGGCCACCCCGACCUCCCCAGCGAUCCGGAGCCGGACUGUCGGUGGGGACUGUCUUCUGGUUUGGAUUUGGGGUUUUUUCUCUCGCUCCUCUGGCUGUGCUUGGCAUGCGGAUACCUGCUCCCCUCCACCAAGGGGAUUCUGGAGUUUGGAGCUGCAGAAACUUUGCUUGCGUUGCCAGGACAUUCGGAGCACUUUGUGGAAAGCGAGAGCAAGCGGUGAGCCCGACAGACAUGCUGACUGACCCUGAUUUACCUCAGGAGUUUGAAAGGAUGUCUUCCAAGCGACCAGCCUCUCCGUAUGGGGAAACAGAUGGAGAGGUAGCCAUGGUGACAAGCAGACAGAAAGUAGAAGGAGAGGACAGUGAGGGGCUCCCCGCCUUUCACCUUCCCUUGCCUGUGAGUUUUCCCAACAAGCCUCACUCUGACGAAUUUCAGCCAGUUUCUCUGCUGACACAGGAGACUUGUGGCCCUAGGACCCCCACUUCUCAGCACAACGCAAUGGAAGUCGAUGGCAAUAAAGUUAUGUCUUCGUUAGCCCCACACAACUCAUCUACCUCACCUCAGAAGGCAGAAAGUGGGGGACAGAGUGGAGAGUCCGUGUCCAGCACAGCCCUGGGCACCCCGGAGCGGCGCAAGGGCAGCUUAGCAGAUGUGGUGGAUACCUUGAAGCAGAGGAAGAUGGAGGAGCUUAUCAAGAAUGAGCCAGAAGAGACCCCCAGUAUUGAAAAGCUGCUCUCAAAGGACUGGAAAGAGAAACUUCUGGCUAUGGGAUCAGGGAAUGUUGGAGAAAUAAAAGGGACUCCCGAGAGCCUGGCUGAGAAGGAGAGGCAGCUCAUGGGCAUGAUCAAUCAGCUGACCAGUCUGCAGGAGCAACUCCUGGCCGCCCACGAUGAACAGAAGAAGCUAGCCGCCUCUCAGAUUGAGAAGCAACGGCAGCAGAUGGAGCUGGCCAAGCAGCAGCAGGAGCAGAUCGUGAGACAACAGCAACAACUUCUCCAGCAGCAACACAAGAUCAACUUGCUUCAACAGCAGAUCCAGGUUCAAGGUCAGCUGCCGCUAUUAAUGAUUCCCGUGUUCCCGCCUGACCAGAGGACGCUUGCUGCUGCUGCUCAACAGGGAUUCCUCCUUCCUCCAGGCUUCAGCUACAAGGCUGGAUGCAGUGACCCUUACCCUGUUCAGCUGAUCCCAACCACUAUGGCAGCUGCUGCAGCAGCAACACCAGGCCUAGGCCCAAUCCAACUGCAGCAGUUAUAUGCUGCCCAGCUAGCGGCAAUGCAGGUCUCUCCAGCAGGGAAGCUCCCAGGCAUCCCCCAAGGCAACCUCUGUGCUGCGGUCUCUCCUACCAGCAUCCACACAGACAAGAGCACAAACAGCCCACCACCCAAAAGCAAGGAUGAAGUGGUACAGCCAUUGAACCUCUCAGCUAAACCCAAGACCUCUGAUGGCAAAUCACCCACAUCACCCACCUCUCCCCACAUGGCAGCUCUGAGAAUAAACAGUGGAGCAGGCCCCCUCAAAGCCUCUGUCCCAGCAGCAUUAGCUAGCCCCUCAGCGAGAGUUAGCACAAUAGGUUAUUUAAAUGACCAUGAUGCUGUCACCAAGGCAAUCCAAGAAGCUCGUCAGAUGAAGGAGCAACUCAGGCGGGAGCAGCAGGCGCUUGAUGGGAAGGUGGCUGUAGUAAAUAGCAUAAGUCUCAACAACUGCCGGACAGAAAAGGAAAAAACAACACUGGAAAGUCUGACUCAGCAGCUGGCAGUGAAACAAAACGAAGAAGGAAAAUUUAGCCAUGCAAUGAUGGAUUUCAAUAUGAGCGGAGAUUCUGAUGGAAGUGCUGGAGUUUCCGAGUCAAGAAUUUAUAGGGAAUCCAGGGGACGUGGUAGUAAUGAACCCCAUAUAAAGCGUCCAAUGAAUGCCUUCAUGGUGUGGGCUAAAGACGAACGGAGGAAAAUCCUUCAAGCCUUUCCUGACAUGCACAACUCCAACAUCAGCAAGAUACUGGGCUCUCGCUGGAAAGCUAUGACGAACCUGGAGAAACAGCCGUACUACGAAGAGCAGGCCCGACUCAGCAAACAGCACCUGGAGAAGUACCCAGACUACAAGUACAAGCCCAGGCCGAAGCGCACCUGCCUGGUGGACGGCAAGAAACUGCGCAUAGGGGAGUACAAGGCCAUCAUGCGGAACCGGCGGCAGGAAAUGCGGCAAUACUUCAACGUCGGGCAACAAGCACAGAUCCCUAUUGCCACUGCUGGUGUUGUGUACCCGGGAGCCAUCGCCAUGGCAGGCAUGCCAUCCCCUCACCUGCCCUCAGAGCACUCGAGUGUGUCCAGCAGCCCCGAACCUGGGAUGCCCGUGAUUCAGAGCACUUAUGGCGUGAAGGGAGAGGAACCACACAUCAAAGAGGAGAUCCAGGCUGAGGACAUCAACGGAGAGAUUUAUGAUGAAUACGACGAGGAAGAGGAUGACCCCGACGUAGAUUAUGGGAGUGACAGUGAAAACCAUAUUGCAGGACAAGCCAACUGAUAAGGGCCAACAGACUGUGGUGACCUGAGGACUUAAAGAAGCCCUAGCUGGUUCAUCCUUACCAGUGGCCAAGCACAUUAAUUUUCUCAUACACUGACUGUUACUUUAACUGUUAGUCUUAAAUAGUUGGGACAUCAGCUGACUGAUAGACCUCAGCCUCAUGAGGCUCGGGAAGGAAAAAAAUUCAAGCAAACAACAUCAACAAGAGAUUUAAAUAAGCUAUGGGUAAAAUAAUGCCAGUAACUCAGUUGCUACAUGCCAGCACUGAGGUCUUACCUGUCAACUUUUUUUUUUUUUUAAUAAACUUUAUGGCUG